GGGAAACUGAGGCACAGAACGUUUAAGUGACUUUCCCAAGGUCUCACAGCUUUUUUUCUUAUCAUAAAGCUAAGAAAAUCACAAAGCACAUGUCAGUGAAUCAGCAAGAUCUAGAUCCAGAUAGCACUACAGAUGUGGGAGAUGUUACAGAUACUGAAGAAGAACUUAUUAAAGAAUGUGAAGAAAUGUGGAAAGAUAUGGAAGAAUGUCAGAAUAAAUUAUCACUUAUUGGAACUGAGACACUCACUGAUUCAGAUGUUCAGCUAUCAUUAUUAAUUAUGCAACUGAAAUGUUUGACUGCUGAACUCAGUCAAUGGCAGAAAGAGACACCUGAAAUAAUUCCUCUGGCUGAAGAUGUUCUGGUAACAUCAGGAAAAAAAGAGUUCCAACAAUUGAGACAUGAUCUUGAAAUGAUACUAUCUACUCUUCAGUCAAAGAAUGAAAAGUUAAAGGAAGACUUGGAAAGGGAACAACAGUGGUUAGACGAACAGCGACAGAUAAUGGACUCUCUUAAUGUACUACACAAUGAAUUGAAAAAUCAGGUCGUGACAUUAUCUGAAUCAAGAAUCUUUAAUGAACUGAAAACUAAAAUGCUUAAUAUAAAAGAAUAUAAGGAGAAACUCUUGAUUACCAUGGGUGAAUUUCUAGAAGACCAUUUUCCUCUGCCUGAUGGAAAUGUUAAAAAGAAGAAGAAAAACAUUCAAGAAUCAACUGCACAGCUGAUAGCACUGCAUGAUAUAUUAGAGAUUCUUAUAAAUAGAUUAUUUGAUGUUCCACAUGACCCCUAUGUUAAAAUUAGUGAUUCCUUUUGGCCACCUUAUAUUGAGCUGCUGCUGCGAAAUGGAAUUGCCUUGAGACAUCCAGAAGAUCCAACUCGAAUAAGAUUAGAAGCCUUCCAUCAGUAAAAGGAUGGUCUCUUUUUCACACAGUAAAGAAUCUUGUCAUUCAAGGAAAAUGGAAACAAAGGACUAUUUGGAUAAAGAACAUUAUUUGCAAAGCAAAACACAUAGUCCGUCUUCCUUUUAUCCUUAAAUGACACAUGCUGCCAUCUACUACUCAUUUUUAAAUGGUCCUUUCUCAUU